AUGUCGUCAGAUGAGAUUGUCUGGCAGGUUAUCAACCAGCAAUUCUGUUCCUAUAAACUAAAGACAACCAAAGGCCAAAAUUUCUGCCGAAACGAGUACAAUGUCAGCGGUCUCUGCAAUCGCCAGUCCUGCCCGCUGGCCAACUCCCGCUAUGCCACAGUGCGGUCAGAUCCCGAAACGGGCGUGAUGUACCUCUACAUGAAGACCGUGGAACGCGCGCACAUGCCCAGCAAAUGGUGGGAACGGAUAAGGCUGUCGUCGAACUACGCAAAGGCGCUGGAGCAGCUUGAUGAGCGACUGAUCUACUGGCCCAAGUUCCUGGUGCACAAGUGCAAGCAGCGUCUUACGAGGCUGACGCAGGUGGCUAUUCGCAUGAAGAAGCUGGCUAAAGAAGAGGAGAGACUAGGAGAGAAGAUUGUGCCGAAGAUGGCGCCUAAGAUUCGGCGGAGAGAGGAAACCCGUGAGCGCAAGGCUGAGUCGGCGGCUAAGGUUGAGCGGGCGAUUGAGAGAGAGCUUAUUGAGAGAUUACGCAGUGGUGCUUAUGGUGAAGCGCCGCUGAAUGUGGAGGAGGGUAUCUGGAAGAAGGUGCUUCGCGGCCUGGAGCGCGCGGGAGAGGGUGAGCGCGAUGAGGAUCUAGAUGAUGGAGAGUUGGAGGAGGAAGAGGAAGGUGUUGGUGAGGUUGAGUACGUUAGCGAUCUUGAUGAGGAGGAGGACCUGGAAGAUAUUGAAGAUUGGCUUGGUGCGGAGUCGGGAGACUCAAGUGAUGACUAUGAUGACGAGGAUGAUGAGGAUGACGACAGUGACGAUGAGAGUGACGACGAGGAUGCUAGCGAGCACAGCGAGGAUGAGAAGAAGAAGCCCGCCCCUGGCUUCAAGAGGAAGCGUCCUGCUCCCCAGGCUAAACCCCGGAAGAAGGGUCCUCGGAUCGAGAUCGAGUACGAAACCGAGGGCGCUGGCAAGGAAAAUCUCUUCGCUUAA